AAUCGGUAAUCGAAUUUGAAUCAGAUUACAGUAGCACACCAGCCGCAGAGCAAAACAAACACGGCCUUGCAAUACAGCAAGACGAACUAAAGGCUUUGUGGGAAAAGACCAAAGUAGCUUAUGACGCGAUCAUAAAUAAUGAAGGAAUUUCUAAAGAUGACAUUAAAGCAAUUAGACGGAAACAUAAGGGCUCGUUUUCCAGCUAUGUCAAAUGCAUGUCGGCAAUGGCUAGUCAGUCUGACACGCUUGUAAACGCAGAGAAGGAUGUACAAGAUCAGUCGGUUCGUGAACACAAUAUUCACCUCCCUCCGUGUGACACAGAUGUGUUCAAGGGCGACUAUCUGUCAAGGCCAGCGUUCCGUGACAUGUUCACAGCCAUAUACAUCCUCAACAAGCGACUCACCCCUGUUGAGAAACUAUUUCACCUGAAUCAGAAGACUCAAGGGGAAGCCAAAGACAUAGUAAGAAAAUGUCCACUCACCAAUGAAGGUUUUCAAACGGCCUGGAAUAACCUGUAUAGUGAGUGUGGUAGCUCACUGAAGAAGUUGCAGCGCGAUAUAAAUAAUUGCUUAUCAGCCCUCAAGAGCCACAACAUUGACAUAUCGAAUUGGGAUACAAUUAUUGUAUAUCUUUGCUCAACUAAACUUCCCGACUGUACGCUGGCUCUAUGGGAACAAACCAUAGACCAUAAGAAAGAUUUACCAAAGUGGGAAGACUUGGACAAGUUCCUAUCGAAUAGGUUUCAAACCUUGGAAACCAUGUCAGGCAUAAAAGGCACAAAGUCUGUAAAAGCGUCAAAGCCGCAAAACACCAGACAUCCCUCAGAAGCCCCCACAAAAAGACUUGGCGCGUUCCAAACAAACGUAACCAAGUACACAUGUAAAAUGUGCCAAACAAAUGAACACAAAUUACGCCGCUGUUCCCAUUUCCUAAAGCUAACGCCAACUGAAAGGAUAGAGUUUUUAAAGAGCAACAAUGCUUGCCUGAAUUGUCUGAGUUCUGGACAUACUGUAUCAAGAUGCACAAGCCCUUUCAAUUGCGGCACGUGUCACUCGCGACAUCAUACGCUCCUUCACACCCAGACAAUUCCGCCAAAGGCAACACUGCCUCAAACGCCACCGAGCUCUGCCAAAGAUGUUGCCUCAACCUCGAAACAAGCUGCAGCAAGGCGUAACUUCAAUAAAACUAACUCCGGAACGGCUCGUGUAAAUAUACAUCUCAAUGGUACAGAUUUUUCAGCACGAGCACUCAUUGAUUCUGGUUCUGAGUGUUCCUUUAUAACAGAACGACUCAAACGCAGAAUCAACCUGCCAUCUAAGAAUAUGUAUGCCAAAGUUUCAGGCAUCACGAAUUCAACUUCUGCUCAGGUCAAGGAGGCAUGCAACAUAGAACUACGGUCCCCUGUUGACCUACUGUUUAGCCUACAUGCAACAGUGCUCGUGCUGACAAAAUUAACUGGAAAUCUUCCAUCCUACCAUAUCAGCGCUAUGACUAUGCAGGCAUUUCCAGAUUUGAUUUUAGCAGAUAAAAGGUUCUACGUUAACGAAGAAGUAGACCUAGUACUUGGCGGAGACAUUUAUCCCCAAAUUAUUUUGUGCGGCUUGAAGAAAAAUGUUCUCAGUACACUUCUUGCCCAAGAAACCGUGUUCGGUUGGAUUUUAACCGGUUGCACAGAAGCACCAAAUCCAACAAACAACAUAGUUUCUUAUCAUAGCGAAGUUGCCUUGGAUAAACAACUAACAGCUUUCUGGGAACUAGAAGAUAUACCGAAAAACAAAAAUUUAAACGAAGACGACAA